AGCUACAGAAGUUUAGCACAUGGAGAGGGGUUCGGCUUUGCCGACGGUGUUUUCUCCGGUGGCUGAUUGUGAGUCACCGCGGCAGCCUAUCAAAACACUUCUCAGGAAUCUCUGUCAUCUGACCAACGACUCGAUAUCCUAGAAGACUCGUACAUUGGCUGGAGGUUUUGUGAUCUGUCUCGAUGUCCUGAAGCGUGAGUCAACUAAGAUGUGUGUAAUGACCUCUCAUUGGUUGCAGCGCCGUCUGGCCAAUGGCCAUAUUACACAGAUCGAAGGUGACGAAGUCAUCAGAAUUGUACUUAAGAGACACAUUAGCCUGUGAACGUAAGUCGCCCAUCAAAGUUAAAUUUCUACAAAAUUCAGGACAGCCUCAUGUUCGCAUCCCUUAUACACCAUUCUCUUUUGUCAAAUAUGGUCGUAAGCAGCACAUCCAGAUCCGCCGCUGUUCCCGAACAAGCAUCACACGACUCGGCAUCCGAGGUGCGGCCAGCCCCUGUAGACAACGAGAAAGACCAGGAUUUCUCAAGCGACAGCGAUGAUGCGUCGAAUUCCUCGCAAGCCCUGGACUUCAACGCGACCCAUUGCCUCUUCUGCUCCAACAUCUCGGACGACAUCGACACGAACUUGAUACACAUGUCCAAGUCUCAUGGCAUGACAAUCCCGUCACCACACCAGCUAUCAGUUGAUCCAACGACACUACUCAACUAUCUCAAUCUCGUCAUCUCGCUUGAUCACGAAUGCCUCACAUGUGGCACACAACGACGCAACACUCAGGCCAUUCGACAACACAUGCUUGGAAAAGGGCAUUGCGCAUUUGACAUAUCCGAUGUCGAGUCUGAGUACCGAGAGUUUUGGGAGUUUGAAGUGGAUGACGAAAAGGCAGAAGUUGAUGGGGACAACAUUACUUUGCCCUCUGGCAGAGUGGUGACAUCUCGUUCAUCAAGAGCAACACAACAACGUCGCAGGCUUCAGGCUUCAGACAUGGGAGCUUCCCCAGACACCUUGACCUCCGGUGAAGGCACCACUGAAGCCUCUUCUUCCUCGACGAUAAUCAGCCAAUCCUCAGGCAAACAGACUCUCACAAAACAAGACCUGCGCGCCUUGAACCACGGCAAACAACUCGGUGCACUUCGCGCUAGUGAUCGUCUUGCCCUCGCACAUCUUCCAGCUUCUGAACAACGCGCCAUUCUAGAUUCACAACACAAACAGCUACAAAAGGCACGACGACAAGAGAGGGACAUGCAAGCAAGGCUUCAAAGGAAGAACAAUCAGACACUCAUGAAGCACUUUGUACCAGAUGUACCGGGCCCAAAACUAGGAUAGGCUUGUCAAUUCAAGACGAAAGACGAAAUAAAAGUUGGACUCCCUCAUGAGUCGUGUCGAUCAGGAAAAAGAAUGUGCCUUUUGACAGGUACAAUCAGCGAUGUGUUGACUGAGCAGGGAGCUCCGAUGUUCACUGCAAUCGACCAGGUCACACAAUGGAAGUCUUUCGGGCACACUACCACACUACUAUGACCUCCGUUUGAUGUAAGAGCAGCACGAAUAUAACUAUACAUUUUCAUAGCACCUCAUUUCCCUGUCCGACGAUCGAAGAGAGACACCUUGCCCUAGUCGCAACUACUAAUUAUACGUCGCUCCGUCAGACGC